UUAGAAAGAAGCCCAGUCAUGAGAUUAAACAAUCAUGAAGCAUGUCAACCAAGUUUUCUUUUCGAAUCGACAUCUUCGUGUUCAUCGAAUUAUUUAAGGUUAAGAGAGAGAACAGCUUAUUUUGAAACCGGCGAAAGGACUUCCAUUUCGGGUAUCCCUUUACCCAUGUUUAUAAAUUCGCCUCAGUCAUUGUUGGUGGUCGAUGCUCACAGAUAGUUUUCCACGGCGAUAAGACGAAGAGCUGAAACUCCGUGGAUAAUCAAGGUCUAUACAGAGUAUGUUAAAUGUGCUCAAGCUGUGUACCAGCGUUCUAUUUUUGGGCAAUUUUGAGUUAUCAAACAUUUGUUCACCGGCUCUUGGAGAGAAAUUGAUCGUCUUGAUUGUCAAAUUUCAUGAUCAUGACUAUUAGAUUAACGGGAUUCAUAUGGCUUUGUGUAUGAAUGAUUUAUGGUCUGUGUAUAUUUUGAUGAGCGUGAUGAGCGUGAUCAACAAACCUCGGAAGCGCGGGUACUUAGAAUAGUUGCUAAGACUACAAACGCGAAGAUCAAAGCAAGGGCCCUUAUGAUACCAAAGAGUCGAAUCCGAAGAAAAGUUGCAUGUGAAAAGCGAUGCUUGAAAGGCAAACCAGUAUAAUGAAGACGUCGCUCCAGGAAGGGUCAGUGUCUAUUAAAAGCUAACGCACCUCGAAAAGCGUAAAUCUCACAUUUUGUUGGGAUCUAAUGUACCUCAGUAUGAACUGAUGACGAUGUAUCAUGUUAAUUCACGUGGAAAUCGCAGGCCCGAUGGUCUGUCAUCUAGCAGCGGCCAAGGAGAGGCUCUCUUCACUCGUCUAUCACAUCAUCGAUGUUUACGUGAGGUGUCCCUUGCGUUUCAACUUGCAGCUUGUUGAUUUGUACAGGAAAACUACCGAGUUUCGACCGACUAAUGGAGUCUUGUAGAUGUUCGAAAAGGGUCCAGAUUGCAGAAGCGCCCUCAUGGGAGCACAUGCAAGAGUUCCAGAGGCACUUAGGCUUUGGAAGUGGAUAUCAACAGGAUGAUUUCCAACAUUUUUGAAUUUGAGCGAGGGAAGGAAAAGCAAAAAGAAAAUGUACCAAGCUUUUUUUUUUCUCUUGUGCAAUAUCAAAAGGCUCGGAUUUACCGGAUUAGUCCUUCCGACCGUGCACUCCUUGCGCUCCUGAUUCCUUGUGUUACCCCCUGAUCGUAGUAAAUUUUUCGCUCCCGCUGGCGCCGCAUGAUUGAUAGGGCAAAACAGGGGUAACUAGAUCUUCUAGAAAGGAUUGUUGAGAUUCAUCCUCUCGAAGUUGUACAAUGGUGUAUGUAGGUAAACACUAUUAGGUGCACCAGUGCUG